CGAAAAAUUGCAGUGAGUGGAAUACUGUAUAUUCUUUAUUCGCUGGCUAUUGACGUGUACAUCUAAGCGCAAAACGUACACAUAAAAUCCAUUCAGAAUUGAAGAAAUUUUCGACUGAACGUCAAAGCCAAUAUCGCUCUUGAAGAUGAAAGUUGUUCACAGCGUCCUUGCCGUAAUUGUUUUAGUGGAUUUUGUCCUUGAAGUUCGCUCAGACGGCGAAACGAGUCCAGCUUUGGUUUGGUGGGAAAAAGAACCGCUUAUAUUUUUCGAAAACAAAACCUCAAGCAUUCAAGAUCUGAAAGGAAUCUUACCUGAAAUUUGGCCGACCGUUGUCGAACAGUGUCAAAAAUAUUUGACGUCAGAUGAGUUGCAAACUUUGAAACAUGGACGGGCUUUGAAAAUGCCGUCCGCUUUACCAACCUCGGAGUUUUCGGAAAAAUUAGGAGCCAAGAGCAUCCUAAUGCCUGUAAAACUGAGGAAGGAGAAGGUUUCCGUCUUAGGAAUGCAUUUUGUGAAAUUGAUCGAUUCGCCCGGAGUAGCGGUUCUAAUGAAAAAAACUCUGACUGGGACAGAUCUACUGAACGCUAUCUUGUUAGCGUGGCCCAUUCUCAUUUUCGUUAUUCUAUCCGCUUCAUUAAGCGGUUUUGUUAUUUGGUUUCUGGUAAGUCCCAGACCGCGUAUGGAUUCAAGCGCAUUGAUAGUUGGACAGGAAACUAAAGCCUUGUAAGACAGGCAAUUUUUCCAUGACCAGUUUUAUUUGAUUGUGUUUACGGCAAAACAUUGACAACUUUUCCUUGUUAGCUUUUGGACAAGAAAAUUUGUUCAUGUGUACGACCAACAAGGAAAACUUGAAAAGCACACAACUGUCACAAAAAAUACUUCUAUAAUAGUGCAGGGUGUUUUAGCAUAUAGCCUACCAUAUAGCAAAACACAAAUGACCAAAAAAACAACGAAAAUAGUUUUAAAACAAUUUUGCAUUUCAGCUCCUGAACAAAAUUAAACAGUAUUUACAAGCUUUUAGUAAUUCGUUUCAUUGGGGAUGGUUUUAAAGAAUACCUCUACACACCGUUAAACCAAACUUUGUGACAUACUUUGUAUUUGGCGGAAACACAGCUUCGUUUAGUGCAAACAUUUUCUCAACUGUAAAGCCGGUUACAGACGAGCAAGUUUCCUAUGACAGGUUUUUAUGUGACAAGUUUUAUUUGCCAAGUGCACGUGUGUAUAUGCAACAAAUGUUGUAUGACAAGUUUUCAUAUGACAUGUUUUAUUUACUGGUGUGAACGUGUCAGAAAAAGGUGUUUAUCGCCGCCAUGAAAAAUUAUGAUAGAUUACUUUGACAAGUUUUCUUUGUUGAAACGAACAAAAUUUGUACUUUGACAAUUUUUUCUGUGACAAGGACACUUGUUCCAGAGCUAGCAUGCUAGCUUUUUGAACAAGUCCACUUGUCAUAGAAAAAGUUGUCAAAGUUGCGCGUACAGACGAGCAAAUAAAACUUGUCACAUAAAAACUUGUGAUAGAAAACUUGCUCGUCUGUAACCGGCUUAACCGGAAGGAAACGGGGGGCCAUUUUGUUUUUGUCCGGAGGUGAAAUGAGCAACCAAUCAAAUUGCGCGAAAAGCACUAGCCAGUAUCAGGGCGCUGUAAAACAGUAGCACCCUGCCAGUAUCCACCUCCCAAUAGGCAAUUCCAGCUUUUAAUUUAUGCGCGCAGGGGGUGACGGGAAUUAAGUAUCAUAUUGCUGAUUAUGCUGAAAAAUUUCAUUAAAAACUGCCGAAACAAUUUCAAUAUUUACAAGUAUAAGCUAUCAUUCCGUGUUUACACGGCCACCAUUUUUAUUUUUUCAGCAUAAUCAGCAAUAUGAAAGCUUACUUCCCAUCCCCCCUGCACGCAUAAAAUAAAAGCUGGAAUUGCCUAUAUAACAUUGUCUUUGUAUACAACAUAGUGAUAAUUUUUUACUGAAGUGAGGUUUCCAUUUUUCAGGAACAUCGUUCAAAUCCUCAGAUGUUUGACCCAUUUUGUCCCAAGGGAGUUUUGAAUGGGUUCUGGUGGGCUGCGGUUACUAUGACUACAGUAGGGUAAGAUGCUUGGUUAUAUUUUAUUAAACUGCUAUUUUGACUGUUAUUUUUGUGAUCCUGAGCUAGGUGGCAGCAGGGUGUAAUGAUUCAUAUUUGCUCCCCUCUCUAGGAAACUGAACCUUUAAGAAGAACAGUUUAGAACUGAUAGAGCUAUCCAGUAUAAAUAAAGUUAGUUUCGUUUAGGUUUCCUUCUGCAAUAACACUGGAUCAAUAAGAGAUCAUCCUUGCUGGACCUCUAGGCAGAACAGUUCAGAACUGAUUGAGCUAUCAAGUAUAAAUAAAGUUAGUUUAGUUUACGUUUCCUUCUGUAGUAACACUGGAUCAAUAAGAGAUUAUCCUUCCUGGACCUCUAAGAAGAACAGCUUAGAACUGAUAGAGCUAUCCAGUAUAAAUAUAGUUAGUUUAGUUUAGGUUUCCUCCUGUAGUAACACUGGAACAAUAAGAGAUGGUCAGAGAUGGCCAGAGAUGGCCAUACUGGAUCUUUAGGAAGAACAGUUUAGAAUUCAUAAAACUCUGUGUGAAUAAAUUUAGUUCGGGUUUCCUCCUGUACCCAUAUCGGACGUCCAGGGACAGCUUAGUAUAAAGCUUAGAUACCGUGUCAUUGGCUCAUUCAAGUUUUUUUUAUUACUUUCAGGUAUGGUGAUGUGACUCCUAAGACAAUCUUGGGUCGUUUAUUCACAAUUCUCUGGAUCAGUGCAGGUUUGGUGAUCCUUGCAAUGUAUAUGGGAGUGGUCACCACUUCUCUGGCCGCGACACGACUUGAGGGAACACAGCACUUCUAUGGUAUAACGGUAAGCUACAAUCUCCCACAAUAAUGUUUUGACUAAAUGGGUUUUCCCCUGCCCCACCCCUGGCUUUUAAAACUUAGAAUAUUUUUAUAUUAGGUAUCUGCUGUCAACCUAACGGAAGAAGAGAAGUUCGCUAUUUUACACAACACGAAUCUCAAAGGUUAGCUGCAAACCGAAACUAAACUAACUUUAUUUAUACAUGCAGCAUAGCUCUAUCAGUUUUAAACUAUUUUUCUAGAGGUCCAGUAAGUAUCAUCUCUUAUUGAUCCCAGUGUUACUACAAGAGGAAACCUAAACUAAACUAACUUCAAUUAUACUGGAUAGCUUUAUCAGUUCUAAACUGUUCUUCCUAGGGGUCCAGUAAGGAUCAUCUCUUAUUGAUCCAGCGUUACUACAGGGGGAAACCUAAACUAAACUAACUUUAUUUAUACUGGAUAGCUCUAUUAGUUCUAAAAUGUUCAACCUAGAGGUCCAGUAAGGAUCAGUUCUCAUUGAUCCAGUGUUAUUACAGGAGGAAAGCUAAACUAAACUAACUUUAUUUAUACUGGAUAGUUCUAUCAGUUCUAAACUGUUCUCCCUAGAGGUCCAGUAAGGAUUAUCUCUUAUUGAUCCAGUGUCACUACAGGAGGAAACCUAAACUAAACUAACUUUAUUUAUACCGGAUAGCUCUAUCAGUUCUAAACUAGCUGUUCUCCCUAGAGGUCCAGUAAGGAUCAUCUCUUAUUGAUCCAGUGUUACUACAGGAGAAAUUAUAAUCGGACAACUGUAUAAUCAGAAAUCAAAGCCCUGUCACAGAGGUACACAUGCACUAAUCGGCUGUGUCAUCAACCCCCCACACACUGGUAUUUCAAUUAAAAAGACAGCUGCAGAUUCAGAGAGAUUACACCACCUGAAAAAUACAAGCAGAAACUACGACGUUUCGAGCGAAGGCCCUUCGUCGAGAAGUUAGUAGAGAAAGAAGGGCCUUCGCACGAAACGCCGAAGUUUUACUUGUAUUUUUCACCGCAACUGUCUUGCCAUCGUCGCUACCUACACUUGCAAAGACCGUUCGAGAUUAUUUCAAUCAAAGUGCCUAUAUCACUUGUGGGACCUUUAUGGAUUUGAAAAGAGCGUAAAAAGUUAGUUAAUAAGUUCAAAAGAUUUUUUUGAUUUAGUGCAGUAAUUUCGAAUAUACAGGCCUCUAAACUACCUACUUUUUCUGAGUCCCAGGCUCCUAUAUGCACAAUGGACAGUUUCGAAAAAGGCCAAAUUCAAUAGCCGUGUUUAGACCCCAGGAGCCUGGGACUCAGGAACUGUAGGUAGUUUUAAUAGAGGCCUGUAUCUUCAAAAAUAUUGCACUAAAUCAAAAAAAUCUUUUGAACUUAUUAACUAACUUUUUACGCUCUUUUCAAAUCCAUAAAGGUCCCACAAGUGAUAUAGGCACUUUAAACCAUUCUUUCUGGUGGAAUGGAAAUUUUAUUUCAAGAGUGUUACACAAAAUAGCUACUCAACAAAUAGAUAAGAUUUUGCCGUUGUCUGUUCAGUUAUAGAUGCACAGUAUGACGUCAUAAUGUGGGAAGCACAAUGAAAAAGAGGCUCACGAGUCGCCGAGGCGAGUGGGUCGCUUUUUGUUUCUUCCCACAUUAUGACGUCAUACGGUAUAUCUAUAACUGAACAAACAACGGCAAAAUCUUAUUUAGUUGUUUUAUAUAAUAAAAAGAAAACCCACAUUUGGAAAUUUGAAAAAGUCGAAAUUUUACAAAUGUCACACGUACAUGAUCUAUACAAAUAAGGGAAUGCUAUUGGAUAAGGUUUUGUGUGACGUCAUUCCGUGCGUCUGUCCUCUGAUAGACUUUAGGAUUUAUUACAUAAAUCUCUCUUACAAACAUUCUUUCAAACAGUUUCUUUAUGCAUAAAAUUUACUUAUGUCAAGCUUUUAUGCACUUGUGGGUUCAGCAGAGUGCUGAGGCAUUCAAGUUCUAACAAUACGUUAUUUGAAUAGUUUUGGGGGGCUUUUUGGGACACCCUAUAUUAUAUAAAUUACUAAAUUACUAUAUAUGUAUAAAUUACUAAAAUGUUUUGAAGAAUAUUGUUCCCAAAAAAACUCGUUCCACAAGCUUAUUCGAUUGUUCUUUCUUUAUAUGCAAAGUUAGCAUAUUCCAGAGUUUACCUACAAAUAACACUAAACGUUUUUCCGCCGUGGUGAUGGUGAAUUAACUGAGAUUCCUGUAUCUUUCAGUGGAAAAAAACGAACUCGAAGUUAUUCGCGCAGUGUCCAAUCGAAAAAACGGAGUUCGACUUGGAUUUAUUGAUUUCUACACCGCCUCAUAUUAUUCAGAACGCAUAAGCAAAAAUAAUCUUCACAUAGCUCGUAUCAUUCCACGAGACCGCGCAUACGGCGUGUUGUUAGGAAAGGACUGGUCUCCGCAAGUAGUCGAAUGUCUCCGACGUCUUUCCGAAGACAAUCGUCACGUGAUACACGAAGUGAUUCCGAAGUAUAUCCGAAUGUCUGAG